GUUCCAGCUGAGUUUCAAGUGUCUAGUUACAGGAAGUUUAACGUACAGAGAGAAACAGACAACUGUGAAAUAGUGCUUUUAAUUUUAUUUUUGUUUUAAAAAAAUUCAUACCCAAACUCUCUGAACAAUCCAAGGAACAUUUAAUAGGUAAAACUGGCACUCUGACUGGCCCAUGCAGGUGCCAUGGAAUUUGUGAACCUGCUUUACCAGAUUGAUUCUGAACUGGAUCAUUCAGAUGUUCAGUCUCUUAAAUUUCUCUGCAUUGAUCUCUUAUCUAGCAAGAAACUGAGUAAGAUUGAGUCAGGCAGAGAGCUCUUUGACCAGCUCAUGCAAAAUGGAUUCAUUGACAAGAAAAACCACUUUCUUUUGGCUGAACUUCUGUAUAUCAUUGGGCAGCACUGUCUACUCAAGGUUCUUGACUAUAACAAAGUGUCUGUGCAAGAACUUCUGCCUACCCAUGGGAAAACAACAUUGUAUAGGCGAAUGCUGUUUGAGAUUUCUGAAAAUGUCACCACUGAAGACCUAAAAGACAUAAUGUUCCUCCUGGAGAUUAAGAAAAAGCAAAAAGAAAGCAGGACAUUUCUUGAUCUGCUGAGCUAUUUGGAAAAAAAGGAAAUCAUCUCUGAAGAUAACUUGAAAGUUCUUGAGGGUGUCUUCGAAAAGGUUUCUCCUGACGUUUUGAAAAUAAUUGAUAACUACAAGAAUGAGAAAGCAGCGCAACAAAGCCAAGGAAUACCUGAACCAAACAUAAAUAGAAUAGAACCAGAAGAUUUAAAAACACCAUUGUCCAUUCAGGCUUUGUCCCACCUGGAAAAGCAGUGGCCAAAUGAUGACACUAGGACAGAGAGCGUGAGAGAGCAUAUCCAGCUUGUACGUGGAGAAGCUGAAAGAGAAGAUGACAACAUUGGAAACCUUGAAAAUAAAAUACAUAUGCUCAGGCUCAACCAACAUGCUAGACCAGGAACAAGUGCUGAGGACGAUCUUUAUGCAAUGAAUAGCACGCACAGAGGUUAUUGCUUGAUCAUAAGCAAUUUAGACUUCAUGCACAGCAGUUCAAGACAAGGGACAGAAAAGGAUGAAGAGGAGCUGAGGAAUGUAUUUAAAUGGCUUGGAUUAGACGUGGAGACACACAAUGAGCAAUCAGCAGAAAAUAUCCAUACAUGUAUGAAGGAUUUUGCCUCUAGAGACCAUAGUGAGAGAGACUGCUUUGUAUGCUGCAUCAUGACACAUGGUGAAUCUGGAAUGAUUCUGGGAAACGACAAUGUGACUAUACCAAUUAAUGAUAUAAUCACUUAUUUCAUCCCUGAUAAUUGCCCAACCCUAUGUGGAAAACCUAAACUGUUUUUUAUACAAGCAUGUCAAGGAAAAAAAAGCCAGGAUUCAUACCCUAUACAAGAUGAUGCCUCUGUAUCUCCAAGGAAAUAUGUUAUAAAAAUUCCCACAGAUGCAGAUUUACUAAUAGGGAUGUCAACAGUAGAUGGAUAUUACUCUUACCGUCAUGUGAAAUAUGGAACGUGGUACAUUCAAGCAGUAUGCAAGAACUUGGCAGAAAUGGUUCCGAGGGGUGAAGAUAUUUUGUCCAUUCUCACAAAAGUCAAUAAUGAUGUCAGCCUCAAGGAAGAUCAAGAAGGAAAUAGAAAGCAAAUGCCCCAGCCUACCUAUACCCUACGAAAGAAGCUUAUAUUCCCUGCCCCUUCUACACCUUAUACGCCUAAAAAACCCUGAUUUCUACUAUAUAAAUGAACUGGUGCUCAUUGUGGAUAUAUUGAUUGAGGAUGCUACCCACUGGUGUAACUAUAGGGGUCGCAACUGCGACCAGACCCAUGCCUCUAGUGGCCUGGUACAACCCCUGUCUCCCCAUGCCUUUCCAAAUCGGUGCGGUCCAGGUCGGAAGGGCCCUUUCUAAACUUUUUUGAAAGGGCAAGGGGAGAUAGGAACAUAUUGGGGUAACAUAACGCCACAUGACCCCACAGUGAAACCGAGGCUGCUCGCACACAGUGCGCGAGCAGCCAGAGGAAAAACUGCAGGAGCAGUGAAAGGUAAGCUGGGGCUGGAGGUGGGAUAUACCAUAUUUGUUCAUUUAUAAGAUGACCCUGAUUAUAAGACUACCCCCCAGAAUUUGAAUAUUAAUUUAGGAAAAAAAGGAAAAGCUUGAAUAUAAGACUACCCUAUAAGAAAAAUGUUUCACUAGUAAAUAUUUACAUGAUUUUUUAUGAUAUAAAUGCC